AUGGAAGAGAGCGUGAAGAAAACUGUUACUGAGAAUACUGUCGUUGUUUACUCCAAAACUUGGUGCUCAUACUGUACUGAAGUGAAGACAUUGUUCAAGAGACUUGGAGUUCAGCCACUAGUGAUUGAAUUAGAUGAACUUGGUCCACAAGGGCCACAACUGCAGAAGGUGCUCGGAAGACUUACCGGUCAACACACAGUUCCUAAUGUUUUCGUUGGAGGGAAGCACAUUGGUGGCUGCACAGAUACAGUGAAGCUGAACAGGAAAGGAGAUCUAGAAUUGAUGUUAGCUGAAGCCAACGUAGUAGUGGAGAAUUUGCAGAGAAUCUGGAGAGACCAAAUGGCUACUCUGGUCUCGUCUCAGACUUACAUCUACCAUUGUUAUACGAGGAAACGAGCUCUUGAUAAGGCUCGCAGAUUUUCUCGUCAUAGUCUCAGAGAAAGACGUGAUUUUUCUCCUCAAAACCCUAGAUUUUGGCCUCUGACGAUAACCACAAAGCAUCAACCUUUAUCGUUCAGCACCGUUUGUUCUGCUGCAGACGAGCCCUCUUCGUCUUCCUCAUCGGAAAUCAGUGCUGAUGCUAGAAUCCGUAGUGAGGUUCUGACUCCAUUCAGGUCAGUCCGUAUGUUCUUCUACCUCGCCUUUAUUGCGAGCGCUUCACUAGGAGGUCUAAUAGCCACUUCCAGGCUUAUCGGUGCCUUGGCGAAUCCGGCAAGAUCAGGGGAAGUUCUUGAGAUCCUUAAGGGUUUAGGGAUUGACGUUGGUGCAGCUUCUCUCUUUGCGUUCCUUUACUUCCGCGAAAACAAGACCAAGAAUGCGCAAAUGGCUAGGCUUUCGAGGGAAGAGAAUCUUGCCAAACUCAAAAUGAGGGUCGAAGAGAACAAUAAGGUUAUCUCGGUGGGAGAUUUGAGAGGGGUUGCUAGGCUUGUGAUCUGUGCUGGUCCUGCUGAGUAUAUCGAAGAAGCGUUUAAGAGAAGUAGAGAGUUUACACAAGGGCUUGUUGAGAGAGGUGUGGUUGUGGUGGCUUAUGCUACGGAUGGGAAGUCGCCGGUUUUGGAGUUUGAUGAGACUGACAUUGCGGAUGAAGAAAUGAGCCAGAGAAGGAGGAGAUUGUGGCGUGUGGCUCCGGUUUUCGUCUCUGAAUGGGACAAGUGGUUAGAUGAGCAGAAGAAGCUUGCUGGUGUAUCUUCAGACUCUCCAGUGUAUUUGUCUCUGCGUUUGGACGGGCGUGUAAGAGGAAGUGGAGUGGGUUAUCCUCCAUGGCAAGCUUUCGUUGCACAGCUACCUCCGGUUAAGGGAAUCUGGACCGGUCUUCUUGACGGUAUGGAUGGUAGAGUGUAA